AACUUUACGCUCGUGGGUGCGUUUUCGGUCGGUGGAUGUGUCAGUCAGCGUCUCUGACGCGAGAAGUGGCGCAUCGCAGCCAUCAGGACUAUCGGGUUAUGAACAAUUCGGUGUUUUUCAUGCAAGAUACCCUCUGUUUUCCCGCGGAUUAAUGCAAUCGUCGUCGGUUGCAUGCUAGAAAGCGAUGGGGAAUUGAUAGAUAAAACAGUAGCCUAUUGAUUAACGGAGAAGCUCCUCCCAAAGCCGUAUAUUUGUUUUAUAUGCCGAAAUGAGGCAGGGGGCGGAAAGUCGCCGCAGAAACAUUGGGUUUUGGCCAAAAUCACACAGUUUCAGUCCAUAAUUGACGUUAAGUCGUGGGUUUGCGUUGCUUUUGGUGCAAAAUUACCGAAUUGAGCGAAUUUUGCCAGAGAAAUGCAGCUUGCUUGAAGACUCCCCAGAUAUCGGUUGGCUGCUGCUGCCAUGACAGGUAGAGGUCUCCUCUCGACCACGGCUUCGCCGGUUGGAGAAUAAACAGGUUGAUUGGGACGUGGUCGCAGCUGCGGAACUGCCAAUGUCGGAUGUUAUUAUUAGUGGAGCCUGAUCCUGUAAAUAUAAGCGCAAACAUACAGUAAUUCGGGAAAAACUCAGGGAAAAUGUCUUCUCGUUCUGCAUUACCGUCUGGAAACGACAGGGGCACGGACCAUCAUGUGUCACUAGCCGCCAGUCGCUCAGACAAGGGCACCAGCCUGUCCAGCCGCUCACUGGGCGCCCGCUGCAGGAACUCCAUCGCCUCCUGCUCUGACGAGACUCCGCACAUCGGCAACUACCGUCUGCUUAAGACCAUCGGCAAGGGCAACUUCGCCAAGGUCAAGCUGGCCCGCCAUAUCCUGACGGGCAAGGAGGUUGCAAUAAAAAUAAUUGACAAAACUCAGUUGAAUCCAACCAGCCUACAAAAGCUCUUUCGAGAGGUUCGGAUAAUGAAAGGUUUAAAUCAUCCAAACAUAGUGCAGCUGUUUGAAGUGAUUGAGACGGAUAAGACCCUUUAUCUAAUCAUGGAGUAUGCCAGUGGAGGUGAAGUGUUUGACUACCUCGUAUCUCAUGGGAGAAUGAAGGAGAUUGAAGCCAGAGCCAAAUUUCGGCAGAUCGUGUCUGCUGUCCACUACUGCCACAUGAAGAACAUUGUCCACCGAGACUUGAAGGCCGAGAAUCUCCUGCUGGACGCCAACGCCAACAUCAAGAUCGCCGACUUCGGCUUCAGCAACGAGUUCACGCUGGGCAACAAGCUGGACACGUUCUGUGGCUCUCCACCCUACGCCGCCCCGGAACUGUUCCAGGGGAAGAAAUACGACGGGCCCGAGGUGGAUGUCUGGAGCCUGGGGGUCAUACUGUACACGCUGGUGUCAGGGUCGCUGCCCUUCGACGGGCAGAACCUCAAGGAGCUUCGUGAGCGCGUCCUGAGAGGGAAGUAUCGCGUGCCCUUCUACAUGUCCACCGACUGCGAGGGGAUCUUACGCCGGUUCCUGGUGCUCAACCCUACCAAGCGCUGCACCCUAGAUCAAGUCAUGAAGGACAAGUGGAUAAACGCAGGGUAUGAUGAGGAUUCCCUGAAGCCCCAUAUAGAGCCUGUCGAGGACUACAGUGACACUAGUCGCAUAGAGGUGAUGGUGGGGAUGGGCUUCACUCCAGAGGAGAUCAAGGACGCUCUGUUCAACCAGAAGUACAAUGAGGUCACCGCAACUUAUCUACUGCUGGGCCUCAAGAACGAGGAUGGCAGCGAGUCUCGUUCGGCCAGUACCCUGUCCCUGGCACGGAUCCGGCCCAGCCCCAUCACCAACGGGACCAACAAACACUCCUCGGCUACUGCAGGCUCCUCUUCCUCCUCUUCCUCGCACAGCAAGACCCAGCGCAGCACCUCCACCUAUCACAGGCAGCGGCGGCACAGUGACUUCUGCGGGCCGUCCAUGCCCGUCAUGCACCCCAAGCGGAGCCCCACCAGCACGGGUGACCGGGAGCUGCGGGAGGGGCGCAUGCCACCGCGUAAGGCCAGCUGCAGUGUGAUGGGCAGUCGCUCGCUGCCCCCCUCCAGCCCCAUGGUCAGCAGUGCUAAUAAUCCCAACAAGUCAGAGAUCCCCGACCGCCGCAAGGAGAUGACGGCCACCACAGUGAGAAACAGUGAGAACAAUAUCCCGGGAAGUGCUAUGACCCGCCGGAACACAUACGUCUGCACGGACCGCUCCAGCACCGACAGACACUCCCUGCUGCAGAAUGGCAAGGAGAACAGCUCCCUGUCCCACCGCCUACCCCCCACCUCCCCCUCCACCCUGAGCAUCUCCGGGGCCGGGGCCUCCUCCUCCUCUGGUGAGCGCUGCCGUCUAACACGGGGCUCCACGAUUCGGAGCACUUUUCACGGGGGCCAGUUGAGGGACCGGGGCCCGCCUGUCUACUUGGCCCCGCCCACCUCCCCCACGCUGUCCCACCACGACGCCAGUCCACUGCCGCACGCCCGCAGCCGCGCCACUUCCAACCUCUUUACCAAACUCACCUCCAAACUCACACGCAGGGUCAAUCUUGACCCCUCUAAGCGCCAGGGCUCAAACAAAUCAGUCUCGGGUUGUACCCUUCCCCAGGGAUCAAAAACAGUUAGUAAGGUCACAAAUGAACCUGAGGGAAUCUGCCGAUCUGCGGUCACAAGUCGCCAUUUAUCUGGGCAUCAAAAAGCGGCCGAGCCCUGGGCCAUCGGAUGUGGCUGGAAUCUGAGGGUACCCCGGGGGCGGCGGGACCCAGCGGAGGUGGUGCUGGCUCUGCGGGAGGCGGCACGGGGCUGCGGCUGCCAGGUCCACCACGCCGGCCCCUUCCUGCUCUCCUGCACCCACGGGGCGUCCGGCGGUUGCGUGGCCUUCAAGGCAGAGGUGUGCCACCUCUCCACAGGGGGGAGUGCCUCCAACAAUAAGACUUCCAACGGGGUGCGCUAUACACGACUUUGGGGAGCACCGCUCGUUUUCCGGGACAUCGCCAUGCAAAUCUCAAAGGACCUUGAACUCUGAAUAUAAUGGGGGUUGAGAAGGAUGGAAAGAGAAAUACAGAGAAAGAGGGACGUGGGGCUGGACUCAAGAUAAAAUACAUUUGCCCCUGUCUCUUACAUGGCUAUAGCCCUACCCUCCUCCGCACCAGUCUCAACCUAACCACCCGCCCACAUCGCUACACCACCCAGACCCAAAUGUACCCCCCGUCCCUCUCGCCACUACUACUGAACAGCUUCACCCACUGGAACCUGAUCAGACAGGAAUCCAGCUUAAAAUGUUUUACUGUUAACUCUAGCCAUAAUGACUAUUUAUUUUAUGAUUGGUAUCAUUGUCUUUUUUAACGAUCACCAACUCCGUACCGACAACAUCAAAAACAUUCUCGAAAACAUUUCUCGUGUUUCGCCAUCUUUGAUGCGUGUCACAGUACAGAUAUAGGAUCUUGAUUUGAUCCAUCUGUUGCAGGAUAACUUUCCUGCAAUACAGGAAAUGUAAAACCUGUAGUGUAUUUGAGGUUUAAAAAGGCUUCUGAAGUUUGUAAUUUCCACUUCAAAAUUUCUGACUUUAUUUUCUUUUACGAAAAAUGUAUCAACCCAUAAAACAUUUCCAUUAAUUAUAAUCCACAUAAUAAUUCACAUUUCCUGUUGCUGCAGGAUGAUUUUCCUACUGUAGCAAACUGGCUCAAAUUAAGAUCCUACAUCUAUGUAUGUUUUGCUCUUUCUUCUCCCAUUUAAACAUUGAUACCGAUGAAGUGAUCAUCCAAGGACUUCUGUGGACAAUAUGCACAAAUAUGGAGACAGUAAACUCAAUGAUUUGACAAGCGGCAUCAAAGGUUACUCUGUUUUUCUAUUUGUGCACAGUAUAGGCGGGAUUGGAUUAUUGGGCAAUGACAGAAAAGUUGACAAGACACUUUGAACCAGCCAAUGGGAACCUUCACAUCCAUUUCCACUAACAUCAUCAACUGAAAAAGGUAGUAGGUGGGGAUGUUAUCUUGGACUUAUCAUGAAUCUAUCUCAGUUAGUCUUAAUGCAUAUGACAUAAAUUAACUGGACUGAUAUAGGUUUCACUUUUGUAGUAUUGUACAAACCAAACACCAUAAUAAGCUAUUAUGUUAAUGUGUAAUGUCAGGCAGUAUACACUUUGGUGCAUAUCAUGCUCCAUUUUAGAUAUCAGUGCCAAUACGAAAACUGAAUCUAUGUACAGUGCAUUCGGGAAGUAUUCACACCCCUUGACUUUUUUCAUAUUUUGUUACGUUACAGCCUCAUUCUAAAAUGGAUAAAACAUUAAUUUUUUCUCAUCAAUCUACACACAAUACCCCAUAAUGACAAAGCGAAAACAGGUUUUUAGACAUUUGUAUAAAACAAAUAAAACAUUCAGACCCCUUCGCAAUGAUACUAACAAUUUAGCUCAGGUACAUCCUGUUUCCAUUGAUCAUCCUUGAGAUGUUUCUACAACUUGAUUGGAGUCCGUCUGUGGUAAAUUCAAUAGAUUGGCCAUGAUUUGGAAAGGCACACAAAUGUCUAUAUAAGGUCCCACAGUUGACAGUGCAUGUCAAAGCAAAAACCAAGCCAUGAGGUCGAGGGAAUUGUCCGUAGAGCUCCGAGACAGGAUUGUGUCAAGGCAUAGAUCUGUGGAAGGGUACCAAAAAUUGUCUGCAGCAUUGAAGGGCCCCAAGAACACAAUGGUCUCCAUCAUUCUUAAAUGGAAGAAGUUUGGAAACACCAAAACUCUUCCUAGAGCUGGCCACCCGGCCAAACUGAGCAAGAAUCCAAUGGUCACUCUGACAGAGCUCCAGAGUUCCUCUUUGGAGAUGGGAAAACCUUCCAGAAGGACAACUAUCUCUGCAGCACUCCACCAAUCAGGCCUUUAUGGUAGUGCGGCCAGACAGAAUCCACUCCUCAGUAAAAUGCACGACAGCACACUUGGAGUUUGCCAAAAGGCACCUACACUAUUUGGCCUGAAUGGCAAGCGCCAAGUCUGGAGGAAACCUGACACCAUCCCUAUGUUAAAGCAUGGUGAUUGCAGCAUCAUGCUGUGGGGAUGUUUUUCAGGGGCAGGGGCUGGGAAACUAGUCAGGAUCGAGGGAAAGAUGAACGGAGCAAAGUACAGAGAGAUCCUUGAUGAAAUCCUGCUCCAGAGCUCUCAGGACCUCAGACGGGGGCAAAAGUUCAUUUUCCAACAGGACAAUGACCCUAAUAUACUGACCAGACCGGACACGUCGCGUGCGCAAGCUUUGCAAAAUAAAUUUAGAAAUCCAUGUUAUUCAAUUAUUGCACCCACACUGCUCGCUUGCGCCAACGAGCGUCUGCGAUGCAAGUCCUGCCUCUCCCAUCUCCUCAUUGUUUAUAGAAGCAGGUACCCACAUGCCAUCUCCUCAUUGGUUAUACCCACGUGGGUGAUUGAAUGACGAACUGUUGCCGGUUGUCAUGGUAAAACUAUGAAAGUUUAGAUGCCAAUUGCCAUAUAAAUUAAACGAUGAAAAAGCCUGGAAGGAGGAGAGAUGACUAGAAACAAUCCGGUUGGCUGUUUUAUGUGUGGAUAUAUUGUCAGAGUAGAGGACCUUGUGCAUUUCAGGUAAAAUAACAACUCAAUGUUCAUAUCCCAGGACAAAUUAGCUAGCAACAGCAAGCUAGCUGAAUAACACAAAUUAGCUAGCAAGUGCAAGCUAACUAUCUAAAUUGCCAUACAUGUUUAAUGCUUUUUGACCUGUCCCCAAAUUAAUGUCAUUGGUUCAGAGUUUGUUUUGAUAUUUUAACCUGCGUGUCGUGAUCGCGUUUGGUGUACGGGGACAAAAUAAAUUUAUGUACAAUAGCGCACGAUGGCGCACGCACGCGCGCAGGCCGGUUUGGUUUCUGUGUAAGCACACAGCCAAGACAGCGCUGGAGCAGCUUCGGUACAAGUCUUUGAAUGUCCUUGAGUGGCCCUGCCAGAGCUCAGGCUUGAACCCGCUUGAACAUCUCUGGAGAGACCUGAAAAUAGCUGUGCAGCGACUCUCCCCAUUCAACCUGACAGAGCUUGAGAGGAUCUGCAGAGAAGAAGUAGGAGAAACUCCCCAAAUACAGGUGUGCCAAGCUUGUAGCAUCAUACCCAAGAAGAAUCUAGGCUGUAGUCGCUGCCAAAAGUGCUUCAACAAAGUACUGAGUAAAGAGUCUGAAUACUUAUGUAAAUGUAAUAUUUCAGUUUUUUAUUUUUAAUACAAUUGCAAAAAUGUUUAAAAACCUGUUUUUCGCUUUGUCAUUAUGGGAUAUUGUGUGUAGAUUGAUGAUAAAUGUUUUAUUCAAUCCAUUUUAGAAUAAGGCUGUAACGUAACAAAAUGUGGAAAUAUUCAAGGUUUCUGAAAACUUUCCGAAUGCACUGUAGAUCAAAACUGUGCUUCGUAGUGCUAUAUGUUUUUUCACCUUCAAAUCUCUUUAGCUAUCUGUGGCUUUGGUUUCCUGCACACACCCUUGGAAAGUAAUUCCUUUGCCAAAUUCCUGUUCCGGAGAAACUCUUUUAUCCCUCUGAUUGGCUGGGAUCAAUGUCUGUGUUGGCACUGGUCAUCAUCAAUAAUCAUAUCAAGCCAUUUUUAAGCAUUUUAUCCCCUACCUCUCAUGGUUUGAUCUCUCCCUUUUACCUUUCUUGAACAGAGUUGAAUUCAAGUCAUGAAACGGUUGAACAGUUAGUUGUUCCUCAGCAUAAAAUAGUUUAACUCAAUGUCGAAUGACUUAAAGGGUGACUGGGAAAGCAAUUUUUCUUUCAAUGCAAAAGCAGUUCACUGCAGAACAUUGUGCCCUUGAACGCCACAUGGCUUUGCCAAAAUGCAAAGCUGUCAGGCUUCACAGUGAACAAAAUUUAAAACAGACCUGGGUUGAAAUAAAGGAUUGUUUAACAUUUCAAAUACCCCUAGAUACUCUGCCCUAAACGUUGGGCAAAAAGAGAAAGUAUUUUAGUAGUAUUUUUUUAACAAUGUUUGCCCACUGAAAUAGGCUACAUAGUUCAGAGAAACUCAAUAUACAUAUUGAAAUAGAGAUAAUACUUGAUCCAGGCCUGUUUUGGAAUAAGUCAUAUUUCUUUCAAUGUGAUGCAAUGCAAUUUUGGGGGGAUUCUAUUCCGUGCCCUGCCGAUUUAUCUUCAGCUAUCUUUCAACAUUGAAGGUGAACAUCAAAAUCCGUUUUUUUUCCUGAGGUAACUGCAACCGUCCAAUCCCAUUUCUACUGUUACACACGCCGGUGCCUCAACUCUGACACCCUUUAGCAUUUUUUGCAUUGGUUAUCUUCAGAUCUUCAGAUGGUUUUGUCUACUGUUGAUGACUGUGGGUUGCUGUGAGGUGUAGGGGGAGUGCAUAGACACACAGAUGAGUCAUUUAGAGAGAGAGCCUUAAAGGCAGUGUGACUGGGAUGCUGUGUUUUCUCUCUUGCACCCCUUAUGCCUACAUAUAGUACAUGUUCAAUGUUGGAAAAUAAGCUAAAAACGACUUCCUCACAUUCCCCCCUGAUAAGAAUGAAUGAUGUACUGUGAUGUUCAUGUAGGCUACAAGAUGUCUGCCUGAUUAUUUACUGGUAAUGCUCUCGAUCUCAGUUGUGGCUUUUUGCUCAUGGUGACAUAACCAGUCAGAACAACGUGGUCAUUUAACUUUUGAUCUCUUUUUUUAUUUCAAUCUUCACCACAAGCGAUUUUGCUGUCCGUAUGUCCGUUUGUUUUUGCAAUCCUCCUCUCGUUUUGUUUUUCGAAAACCCUCCCAACUGUCAUCCACUUCACAGACACGUCGUUAAAUCAUUUCUUCAGAACCUCCUCAGUGCCGUUUGGUCUGCUACUCUGCCCCAUGACAGGAUCCCCUAUAGAGGAGAGCAAUACUAAUCUACAACAUUACACAGCCCUCAACAGUACAGACAGAUAGAUUCACGGACCUGAGGAGGGUCAGUUCUAUGUCCUAUAACAUUGUGGUGUAUAUUAGCAUUAGGUAAUAUAGACCUUGAUGCACUUUGCUUUGACUUGAAUCAGCUCCUUCCAGUGGAAUCUCGGGCAAAGCCCACAACGAGCCACUGGAGGGCGCCAAUGUCUUAAAUGUGAACACUUCAAUUUGUGGAUAUUUGCACAGGUACUUUAUUUAUUUUUUAGAAUAAUAUCGUAAUAAAAAAUCUGCAUUUAUAUCAGCCAGUUUAUGGCUGUAUAGAAAAUAUAUGAGUAUAUAUAUAGUAUAUAUCUUAGAGCUCAAGGUUUAUUUAUAGCUAGAGCAAGGGAAGUACUUCUAGUUUAAAGCAGUUUCUGUCAAUGACAAUGUGGAACAAUACCAACCUGCAAUCCUGCAUGACUUCAAAGUUUGGGUUUUUGGGAGAGGGGGGGGGGGGUUGAAAUUAUUCAUAUCCAUUAUUCAUAAAAAUGCAGUCAGUGUUUGGACAUAUAUAUGGACACAGAGAAAUGGUACCAAGUACAAAUGGCAGGUUUUUGGUCAAUUGCAAUGAUUUCAGUCAAUCUUCUAUUACUUACAGGGAAAUUGGUUCAAUUUGGACAAUUUUACUUCCUGAAUUCUGCAAAUGUAACUUAAAAGGAUUAUCCACUGGAUAUUCAGAAAUGUACUUCACAAGUCUCAGAUUUUCUCCACCCGUAUAACAAAAUGUAAAACGUGUCUAAUGUGUUGUUGCAAAUUCUGAAUUUUUUAAUUGAUGUUUCAAUUCACCCUAUCACUGAUAAACACAAAUGUCAGGCAGAUCUGAUAGGAAAACCUUGGGUGCGUUCAAGCAAUAGUAACGUCUGUUUAAGUCUUUAAAGAAUUAAAGUAAAGCAUCUGGUUGAUGAACAUGUAAAGGGGAAGGGAAAAAAUGAUGGGCUGACAUUGUUUCCAGGUGGAAUAUAAUACAAACCUAUGAAAUGCAGAAAGAUAGUUCAAUGUGUGCUGGUAUGCCUAUAAGAGACUGUCAGUGGUAUAGAUGGUUGUUGGACACAGUAUUAUGACCCCAGGGGCUCAGUAUUUAAGUAAUGUACAUUGUCAUGCUGGAACUGUUUAUUUUUGGAAAUGAUGUAAUAUGCAAUAGAGGCCAAUGAAACGGAUGAAGAGACACAUUUUGACCUGGACGCCUAAUUCUGUACACCCCUUGACCCCUUCAGAAACAAACAAUGUGAGAUUGUGUUACCCAAAAGCCUUGUUGCUUUUGGUCUAGAGAGAAAGUGAGAAACAUGGAGCUGAUGAGAAAUUAAAUUCACAGAUGUUGCCAUUG